ACUAAAGGAUAAGGUACAUAACCCUGACUACUACUGCUAGUAGUAAUAUCGUUCGUCUUUUCUCAAUCCUAUCCUUCAUUGAAGGCAAACAUUCUUCACUUCUCGUUGAAGUGAUGGCGACGGCAACCGCUCUAAGUUUUAAUUUGGUUGGAGCUUUUAAAGGACUAUCGUUUGGUUCAAGUUCAUCUUCUUCCUUCAUCAAAGGAGAUUUUGGAUCUGUUCCCACGGCUCGUAGGAUUUCAACUUCGUUGCCGAUGAGAAUGCCAUUGACGAUACAGAAUGCGCACAAGAAAGGAGCUGGAAGUACAAAGAACGGUCGUGAUUCGAAAGGUCAGAGGCUUGGCGUUAAGAUUUACGGUGACCAAGUUGCGAAACCUGGUGCAAUUAUUAUUCGACAACGAGGAACAAAGGUUCAUCCAGGAAAGAAUGUUGGGAUUGGCAAAGAUCACACCAUCUUCUCUCUAAUUGAUGGAUUGGUCAAGUUUGAGAAGUUUGGACCUGAUAGGAAAAAGGUGAGCGUUUACCCACGUGAAGUGCAGCCUGAAAACCCAAACAGUUACAGAAAUAGAAAGAGAGAAUCAUUCAGGUUACAGCGUGAACGCCGAAAGGCAAGAAAGGAGCUUAGGGAAGGGACCGUAGCACAACCUUUGUUGGUGAUGGCUUCGGCUACUGGUACUGCCGCUGCUGACGACAAUGCUGAUUGCUGAUUCCUGAUACACGGGUAAUCUUGAACGUUGGCUUCUUUCACUAGUGCCAAUAAGCAUUUGGACAGUUGCAACGCACAAGCAUUACGUUUUUUUGUAUGUGUAUUUUAUUUUCUGUGAAGAUGUUGCCUGUAAGUACUGAAACUUUAUUUUAACUUUCUAAUCCUGCAUAUGAAAGAGAAAGUUUAAGGCUGCA